CGCAAAGGAGUUCUCAAAGAAAACGCAUUUUUAAAAGCAAAAAACAGGGAAAGAAAGAACAUGAGUCAAGAGAGCAAGUCACCUCAAAACCCUAAAGGUGUCCAAUUUUUCCAUCACUUUCCCAAAAAUUUUCUAAAACCGUAUGGCUUAGCUGAGGAAAAUAUACCAGAACGUGAUAUAUUCAAACGUACUGGACCUUUAAACUGUGAAUGGCUCACACGUCCAAAAGUGGGACUCAGCGAAUUCGCAGACACCAUUGGCAAGAAUUUCUCCUUCCUCACAGAAAGCGAUUCCCAGUUCAUACGGAAAUCCAAAUUUGCACCAAUUGAGGAAAAGAUGCGAACAUUUCUAAGCCUCCUUGAAAAGUUCAAUGUCCUGAAGACUACCGAAAAUCCUUCCGGGGAAGAUAUAAAGGAUUUCUUGAAAUUCAUGCUUCAAGAGGAUGAUCAAAUCGAUCAAUUCUUCACCGAAAUGUUCCAACUUGGUGGAGCCAUGUACCUAUUGGGGUCACACUAUACUGUCAUCAAGACGUUGCUUUCUAAUCCUGAUUGGACAGCUGAAAAAAACGUUGGUACUUCAGCUGAAGUGCGCAACUUUAAAGCCAAUCCAACCAUCAAGGGGCUAAAGACCUACCUCACCAAUUCAUGUUCAUCAAGAACAAAACAUCCCACAUCGGAAGCCGUGAAGGGAACAAAAAGAAAUCUGGCCAAGCUUUUUGAUUCAGAUGAUGAAGAUAAUGAUAUUGCUGCUCGCGAACCCUCAAAUGUCUCUGGCCAAUCAACACCAACAACAAAACAGCACACUCCAACAAAAGACAAGAGAAAGAAGAGAAAACAAAAAUAAACACCAUAACAAAAACAACGUUGUUUUCAAUUAUAUAAAAGAGAAUAUUCUGUUUGAGAAUUAAGCAGUUUCUUAAUGUUACAUGGGGUUAAAAAAACUUUAAAAAACAAAAAAUAGAAAAUGGAAUAAAUUGUAAAAGAGACAAGAUCAAGGUACGAACAUAUUUAUUGUAUCCUUGACAUCUGUAUUGUAUACUCGUUGAUAUUAGAAUGGUUUAUUGUUAACAUAGUGUAAAAAAAAGAUAUUAAAAACAUAUAAAAAAAGAAAGUUUUGUUCAAAAAAAAAAGUUACAUAUUUUUAUGUCAAACAACAUCUCAAACCAAAACGCUUGAAAAGACCAUAUAAAAGUAUCAUGUGUGUGUAGUAGCUCAUUUAUUUACCAACACU